AUGGAAGACAACAAGAUAUCUGGCGGUAAGGUGAAGAAACCUGGUAAACGAGGGAGGAAACCUGCUAAGAUUGACUUGAAGGCAAAGCUGGAACGCAGCCGGCAGAGUGCACGGGAAUGCAGGGCCAGGAAAAAACUGCGCUACCAGUACCUGGAGGAGCUAGUGUCCAGCCGAGAGCGAGCCAUCUGUGCACUGAGGGAGGAGCUAGAGAUGUAUAAGCAGUGGUGUACAGUGAUGGACCAAGGUAAAAUCCCAUCCGAGAUCCGAGCGUUGCUGAGCGGGGAGGACCUUAACAAACCGGCACCAAAUUCUAGCAAGCAGCACCGAGUCAUCAAGACUGAACCUGCAGACAAAUAA